AUGCCCUCCUUCGAAGUGGGCGAGUCCAUCCCGCCCAACACAGCCCACGCUGUCAGCGUGUCGCUACCAACAUGGAAAUCCAACAUUGCCUACGAAGAGGGCGAAGACUGGGUAGUUAGCCGCAUGGCGGCCGGAUAUCCUAGAUUCUUUAUCCACAAGAGCAUCAAGCAGCUUGAAUCCCUCAUUGUCGAGAAGCACGCCACAGCCAACCAAAGCGCCAUGCUCUUCCCCUGCUCCAACGCCGCCCGCCGCUGCCAGGACUUCAUCCUCGCCCCCAACGCCGGCGCCAACGUCCGUGUUCUCGAUUUCCGCCUCCACCAAGAAAAGAACACAUCCGCGCUUCUGUCCCGCCUCAUGCCGACUCUUUCUGCCGUCCUAUUCCCGACAGACCUGUUCCCCCUCGCCAAGCAGUACUGGCAGCACACCGGCGACGGCAUCUCCAGCCGCCACGCCGAAUUCUGCACCGAGCUGCUCAGCAACGAUCUCCUAACCUGCGCCCAACAAAAGCAACAAUCCACAGACACUGCCGUCAAACCAUUCCGCGGCCCUCGCAGAUACCAAACAGAGUCGACUACCACCGUGCCCUCACCACCCAAAUCGAAGCCCUCUCCACCACCUGAAAGCCAAGAAUCAACACAGUUCCUCGAAGAGCGAUUCGGCCGAAACCUCAACGUCACGCUCGUCGGGCAAGCCAAGACAGCCAUCUGCCGCCGCAUCGUGGGCUCCAUUACCGACCCUACACCCCAAGAGGACGGAACGACAAGCCCCUGCACCGCAUGCGACAAUGUAUAUCUCUUCUCAGGCGGCAUGAACGCCAUUUUCCACACGCACCGCGCACUCCUCGACUGCCGUGGUGCCAAAAAGAGCGUAAGCUUCGGCUUCCCCUACGUCGACACACUCAAGGUUCUGCAAAAGUUCGGCCCUGGCUGCUUCUUCUUCGGCUUCGCGUCGGACUCAGACCUCGACAAGCUCGAGGCCCUUCUACGCGGAGGCGAGAAGAUCCUCGCUCUAUUCUGCGAGUUCCCCGGAAAUCCCCUCCUCGUGAGCCCGAACUUGCGCAAGAUCCGCGCGCUCGCCGACGAAUUCGACUUUGCCGUUGUAGUCGACGAGACAAUCGGCACCUUUGCCAACGUCGACGUGCUGCAGUUCUCCGACGUCGUCGUGAGCAGUCUGACCAAGAUCUUCUCGGGCGAGUCCAACGUCAUGGGCGGCUGCGCGAUCCUCAACCCGAAGAGCAGGUACUUUGAGGCCCUUAAGGCGUCGUAUGGCCGCGUAUACGAGGACACGUACUGGGCCGAGGACAUCAUCUUCAUGGAGCGCAACAGCCGCGACUACCGUGACCGCGUGGACCGAGUAAACGCCAACGCCGAGCUGAUUUGCUCAGUGCUCCAAGGGAACAAGCACGUCAAGGACCUGUUUUACCCCAAGUUUAGCGCCUCCAAGGCCAACUACGAUGCCUGCCGGCGUCCCAAUGGCGGCUACGGCGGUCUCUUGUCGGUUGUGUUUGAGAAUGCGCAGCAGGCCGAGAAGUUUUAUGAUAGCAUGGCGAUUGCAAAGGGACCUAGCUUGGGCACCAACUUUACGCUUUGCUCGCCGUAUGCCAUCCUGGCCCAUUACACGGAGCUGGGCUGGGCGGCUGAGUAUGGUGUCGAUGCGAACUUGGUGCGCAUCAGCGUCGGUCUAGAGGACAAGGACGAGUUGCGCGAGACUUUCCAGUCUGCCUUGAACGCCAUUGACUCGUCGUCGUAG